GGUCAUUUUGUGAAAAAUCUUGAUCAGCUGUAGUCUAUUCAAUUCAGUAACCUGUAUUUAACUAAAAUAAUAAUUGUUGAUAGCAGAUAGAUUUGAUUAUUAAUUGGAGGGUUCACGAAUUGUUUUUGUAUUUACUGUUUAAUAAAAAUUCAUAAUGACGUUAGAUUUUCGAGAUUUUGAUAAAGACUCUUCAGAUGAUAGUAGUGACGAUGGCAGUGAAAUUGAGGAUUCUGAAAUGGAGCAAGAAGCUUUUUCAAAUGAUAGCGGAGAAGAUGUUGAAAAUGAAAAUAAUGAAGACAUUCAAAACAGCUCUGAUGAUAGUGAAGAUGAAGUUGUGAAAGCUAUUAAAGCUGAGAAAAACAAGCCUCGGGACCAUCCUCCAAGCAUCAAAACUGAAGAUUUUAUUGUAGAUAUAUGUUUCCAUCCAGCAAAGAACUUAAUAGCUAUAGCAAAUAUAGUAGGAGAUGUAUUGCUUUAUGAAUAUACUAAUGAUGAGACUGUUUUGCUCAAAACAUUGGAAUUACACCUAAAAGCCUGCAGAGAUGUAGAAUUUGACAAUGAUGGGAUAACUAUGUUUACUACAGCAAAGGAUAAAGCAGUCAUGGGUACAGAUGUAGAGACAGGCAAACUGAAACAAUGUUUUGAAAACGCACAUGAAGAUCCUGUGUACAAAUUGUUUCCUCUAGACUGCAAUAAAAUUAUUUCAGGUGAUGAAAGUGGUACAGUAAAAUUGUGGGAUCUCAGAAGACAAGACCCUAUAUUUGCUAUGAAAAUUGGUGAAGAAUAUAUUUCUGACAUGAUUACAAAUGAAGCCCAAAAAUACCUUGUGUGUACUGGCGGUGAUGGGAUGCUUACAUCAAUAGACCUAAAAGCAAGCAAAAUAUUUUCAAGGUCUGAACAAUAUGAAACGGAAUUAACUUGUAUGGGAUUGUUUCGCUCUGAGACGAAAUUGCUGGUUGGAUCUUCGGUUGGCAAAUUCUACUUAUUUAAUUGGAAGGAGUUCGGUUUCCACAGUGAUGAGUAUGUUGGACAAAAACAUUCAAUACAAUGCAUGAUCCCUAUAACACAAAAUAUUGUUGUAUCAUCUGGCGAAGAUGGCAUAUUACGGGCAGCGCAUAUGUUUCCCCAGCGUCAACUCGGCAUUGUUGGUCAACAUAGUUUGCCAGUAGACGCCCUCGACAUUAGCCAUGACGGUCAAUAUAUCGCGUCUUGUUCACAUGACAAUGAUGUAAAAUUUUGGAAUAUUUCAUACUUCGAAUCGAUCGAUUCACUUAUUGAUGUUAAUCAUAAACAAAACAAAAAGAAGGAUCUAUCAAAUAACUUACCAUCGAGUAAUAUCAAAAAUGCUUCAGAUUUUUUUUCAGGAUUAGUAUAAUAACAAUCAGUAAGAGCCUGGGCAGACGAGGGAUUAUUGUCUGCGGAGGACGAAAUCACUACGGUCGGUGUUUAGCUGUACCUACUAUUUAUUAGUCCAUCGAGUGCGUUAUGCGAUGCAGUUCUUAUAAUGUUACAUUUUUGUCCUGUGCGGAUAAUAGUCCCUCAUCUGCGCAUGCGGUAACACGAAUUUUACUGUUUAUUAUUGUAGCAAUACAUAAAG